AUGUCUUCGCCUUCGCCUUCGCCUUCGCCGGAUAAUCUCUCUCCGGCCACAUCUCAACCACUUCCACAGUCACCAUCUUUUCCUCCGCCGCAAAUUACACCGCCGUUCCCUUCUCCAUUACCACCACCUCCGCCCGCCCCUGCCGCACCUCCGCCGUCGAUUCCUCCGGCUAUAUCUCCAGCCGCCGAUGACCCGCGCGAUCCGGUUAUCUCGCCUCCGCCACCACCGCCUUUGCAUUUCGUAGCUUCACCGCCGCCUCCUUCGGAAACAACGAUUCCAUUACCACCGGCGCCAAAAUCUCUUCCGCCGCCUCCUUCGGAAACAACGACUCCAUUGCCACCGGCGCCAAAAUCUCUUCCGCUGCCGCCUCCAGAACCUUCGUCACCUCCGACCGCUACUCCGCCGCCUCAGGCACAGGGAAUUCCAAAAUCACCACCUCCUUCAACCACAUCAAUUACUCCGUCACCGCCGCCAGUACGGGAGAAUAUUCCGUCGCCAUUACCUGACAGCUCCCCAAUUACAUCGCCGCCGACACAGGACUCUCCAAAGACGCCUCCGUCGUCAUCCUCUUCACCGCCGUUACCGUCACUGCCGUCUUCACCGGCGAACGGAAGUUGGCCGGCGGCAGUGCAGAUACAAAAGCCGCGAGCAAAUGUAAAGUUCUCGCCGGGCUUUAUAGUUGGAUUCGCCGUCGUCGCGUUUGUUGUUGUCGCCGUUCUUCUUCUCGUUGUUGCAUGCGUUUCGCAAACAACGUCGUCGGAGAAGGAGCCUUUCUUGGCUUCCCAAAGCAACCAUCUUAGGCCCAAUUGCUUCACUGCCUCUACUCUACCACAACCAAAUUCAUAUCUCCAAUCAGCAGCUCCAAUCAAAAGCAAUGCGGCUACUACUACCGCUGCUUCUUCAAUGAUCAAUUCCGGGCCAAACAUUCCAAGCCCCCCUGAAUCCAACUUCUCAAGUCAUGGCAUUUUCACAUAUGACCAAUUAGUAGUAGCCACAAACGGCUUCUCGGAAUCCAACCUUAUUGGAGAGGGCGGGUUUGGAUACGUCUACAAAGGAGUCCUUCUGAGCGGGAAGGAAGUGGCGGUGAAACAAUUGAUGACAGGAAGCCGGCAGGGGGAGAGAGAAUUCCAGGCGGAGGUUGACAUAAUCAGCAGGAUUCAUCACAAGCAUUUGGUUUCCUUGGUUGGCUACUGCAUUACUGGGGCAGAGAGACUCCUUAUUUACGAGUUUGUUCCCAACAACACCUUGGAAUUCCACCUACAUGGGAAACAUGAAGAUGCUAUGGAGUGGGCGACCAGACUGAAAAUUGCUAUUGGGUCAGCUAAAGGACUAGCAUAUCUUCAUGAAGAUUGCAAUCCAAAGAUCAUUCAUCGCGAUAUCAAGGCUUCCAACAUUCUUCUUGAUUUUAGGUUUGAAGCGAAGGUUUCUGAUUUUGGACUGGCAAAAUCCUUUUCUGACACCAAUACUCAUAUUUCUCACAUUUCGACUCGAGUAGUAGGAACCUUUGGGUACUUAGCUCCAGAAUAUGCAUCAAGUGGUAAAGUAACAGAGAAAUCAGAUGUGUAUUCUUACGGUGUCAUGCUUUUGGAGCUCAUAACUGGGCGCCCACCCAUCAGUUCAAUUGACCCCACAAGGAGUCAGGGCCUUGUUGAGUGGGCUAGGCCUUUCCUCGCACAAGCUCUUGGAGGUGGCUGUUUGGACGCUCUCGUUGAUCCACGGCUGCAGAGAAACUACAACACCGUUGAGAUGUCUAGAAUGGUUGCUUGUGCUGCCGCUUGUGUGCGCCAUUCGGCAUGGCUUAGACCAAGAAUGAUUCAGAUAGUCCAUGCUUUAGAAGGGCACGCCUCUCUGAUGAAUCUUUGCGAAGGAAUCGUGCCGGGAAGCAGCAUAUCCUACAGUUCCCCAAGUUCUAGUUACAACGCCGACCAAUACAAAAAUGACUUGAACAAAUUCCAUAUCACAAUUGCAGAUCAAGAGUAUGGCAAUACUAUGUACAGUGGAAGCACCAGUGAGUAGGGCCUUAACCCUUGUGUCUCCAGUAGUGAGGCACAUCAAACACUGAGGAACUGA